UAGAUUGCUUUAUCCGCUUAGCUGUGUGGGUCCACAGAGAUUCAAACUCACUUUUUCCUUUCGAAGAAUUAUACCGAAUGUCGAUUUACUCGAAAAUAUGCUUCAUGCCGAGAUUGUCGCAAUCCUCCACGUAAACGAUGCCUCAAACUCCCCCACAAAUCCAAAUCGUACCUUACGGGAAAAGAAAAUAUCUUUCUCCCGUCUUCCUCCAUUCAA